AGUUUGGUAGAAAUAAUGAUUUAUGCAAAACAUUUGCAUUAAGUACAUGCUACGUUUUCUAUACCUCUAGUCGACUUGAAAUUGUUCUUCUUGUAAAUGAAAUAAUUGCAAUAAAAUGCUUACUUCGAACGAGACAUCAAGCACCGGUUCAGCUUAUGCACAUGCUGGCUGCUCGGCAAAUGCAAUCACAACAUCGAUGAAUGCGGGCAAUAGGAAUAAUAAUAAUAAUAAUCAUACAAAAACAACAACAGCAACUUCUCGCAUAAAUACGGAGAAUGGUCUAAUUAACAAUCAAUUGCAACAAACGCAACAGCAGCAGCAGCAGCAGCAACAGCAACAGAAUCAAUCGAAACCACAGCAACAUAAGUUUGCACCUGCACGAAGAUUAGCAGCCCGACAAACAUUACGUUUAGCUAUACCCAGACAAUCCGAGGACACAAGCAAUACCUUAGCUGCUAAUACGAUUCUUUUUAAAAAUUCACCCUCGCAAUUGCCGCCUGCACCCAUUCUGAAGCGUUCAACACCCUUUAAUCCAACAAAUUUGAGCACUUCUUCUCAAAUACCCCUUAAGUCAACCUCACCUUUAGAUUCGCAAACGCUUCCCAACGUUUUGCUAACCAAUAAUGAUAAUACUGCUACACCAUCGAAUUGUAGUAGUAAUGGGAAAUUUCUCUCUUUACGAAAUCCGAGUAUUACAUUGAACUCAACCGAUAUUUGCAAGAACAAUGAACUAUUUGCCUUUGCUAAGGAAUUAUCACCUUCUGUGACAGGCGAUCGUUCGCCAGUUUUCACGGCAUCGAUAUCACCGAAUACGAAUACAGCGAAUAAUAGUAACAAUAAUAACGGUACCGGUUCCCCCAAUAAUCAGUUAAAUCGUUUAUUCAAUUUAAGUCCUUCAGCCCUGAGAAGUUACGGUAAUAUGUCAGAUUUCUCGGAUAGUUCACAAAGCGGUGUUAUAAGUCCGGCAACAUCGUUUAUUGAAAAUUUCCAUAAGAAAAAUGGUUCGACCAUGUCCAGCAGUUCACCCAAUAUGAGCACAAUUGGUACUACAUCGCCAGCCAUUAAUGGUACAGUUGUUGGUGGUGGUGGCAGUAGUAUGGGGACGGCUGGAACUUUGGCAACCACAUUGGGUCGUCAAAUUAAUACAAGUUCUAGUUCAUCGAGCAGCGUUAAAGAAACAUCGUCAACUUCACAACAGGUCGUGAACAGUAGCAGCAGUACAACAACCCGUGUUGAGAAGAAAUCACGUUUACAUCAGAUAACGUCGUCUUCCUCGUCUUCCUCGUCAUCAUCCACCUCAACCGAAAUGAAGGCUGCCGCUUUAAAACGUGAUAUGAGUGAAUUUAAAAAUUCCAUGUCGGAAAUAAAUGAUUUGGCAUUGGGACGUGGCAAUACCGGCACACCGGCCUUAACCAGUUCAACGAGUACACUAAGCCAUCAUCAGCCACCUUCCAUAAACGAUCUCAGCAAUUUAAACAAUUUGAAUAGUUCGGAUGCCAUAACUAAACUUAAAAAAAAAAUACGUUCUUCCCUUGAGAAUAUCGUUGAUGAUGAUAUACAACCGAAAAUUAAGUUCCCCGAUGACGAUGAUGAAGAAAUGAAUAUGGAUUUAGUUGAGGCAUCGAAUCAAUUGUCGGGCAACGGUUUAAAUGGUACAAACGUUACCGUUGACACAGUAAAAUUUGAAGAGAAACGCACUAAAACUGAAUCAAAAAAGAAAUUCGUUACCGACGGUUUCAGCUCAGAACAGGCGACCAGCAAUUUAGCUGAAAGUAAACGCUUGCAAGCGGGUGAUAUUGAUUUUCAACAGGCUACCGCAGCGGCAGCCACUCGCAAUCGUUUAGAAGUUGACGGUGUUAAGGCUGAAGAGAAUGCCGCCGUUAUACACGAGGCCUUGUCUCUGCGUACCGGCGAUGUCACCCAACAGGCCAGCAAUAAUGUAGCAGCCGCUAGUAUUAAAGUUCAAAGCGAUACUUUUUCAGCUGACAAGAAGGCCAUCGCUCAUUCUCAGCAAUCACAGACAAUAACUUCGAAUGGUAUUAUCAGUCAGGAGAAGCAUAUAUCGUCCGCGUCUCAAUCGAAUUAUACGGUGAGUCAUAAAGGCGUCUCUAGCACGGCCAGUAGUAUGAUUUCGUCGUCUUCACAAAUGUCCGCCACUAAUGGACAUUUUUUUAAGUUAUCCGAUUUCAAGCUCGACGAUCUAAUGUCUUUAAAUUCGACAAGUGGGCAAAAAGAAAUCGAGCAAGCCAUUGCCAAAUAUUCAAAUAUGUUAACGUCUUGUGUAAAUUCAUUGCAAGAGAGAAGAACCGUCUCGGAAGAGACACUUUAUUUGGAAAAAAUUAAUGAAGUUAUACGUAGAGCUUGGGCUGUACCAACACACGGCCAUGAAUUGGGUUACAGUUUAUGUGAUAGCCUACGGAAAAGUGGUGGCCUAGACUUGCUUAUGCACAAUUGCGUACAAAAUGAUAUGCAAAUUCAAUUUUCGUCCGCAAAAUUAUUAGAACAAUGUUUGACCACCGAAAAUCGUACGCACGUGGUAGAUCAUGGCUUAGAUAAGGUGGUGAAUGUCGCCUGCGUAUGUACUAAAAACAAUCAGCAUUCUCGCGUUGGCACUGGUAUUUUGGAGCACCUAUUUAAGCAUUCGGAAGGCACUUGCUCGGAUGUUAUUAAAUUAGGAGGAUUGGAUGCUGUACUCUUCGAGUGCCGCACUAGUGACGUUGAGACACUCAGACAUUGCGCCAGUGCUUUGGCGAAUCUAUCUUUAUAUGGCGGCGCUGAAAAUCAGGAAGCCAUGAUUUUGCGUAAAGUGCCUAUGUGGCUAUUUCAUUUGGCUUUCCACACCGACGAUAAUAUUAAGUAUUACGCGUGCCUAGCUAUUGCGGUUCUAGUCGCUAAUAAGGAGAUUGAGGCUGAGGUAUUAAAGUCAGGCUGUUUAGAUUUAGUCGAACCAUUUGUUACCUCGCACGACCCAUCCGAAUUUGCCAAAUCGAAUUUGGCUCAUGCCCAUGGCCAAAGUAAGCAUUGGCUACAACGUCUCGUUCCUGUGUUAAGCUCAAAUCGGGAAGAAGCUCGUAAUUUGGCGGCAUUUCACUUUUGCAUGGAAGCCGGCAUUAAACGGGAGCAAGGAAAUACGGAAAUCUUUCGCGAAAUCGGGGCUAUUGAAGCGCUUAAAACUGUAGCCAGUUGCCCGAAUGCUAUUGCUUCUAAAUUUGCUGCUCAAGCUUUGCGUCUGAUCGGCGAAACAGUGCCGCAUAAAUUGUCCCAACAAGUGCCUCUCUGGUCCGUCGAAGACGUCCAGGAAUGGGUAAAACAAAUAGGUUUCGGGCAAUUCGUUAAACAAUUCGAAGAAUCCCAAGUAGACGGAGACCUCUUACUUAAACUUAACGAAGAAAAUCUCCGUGACGAUAUUGGCAUCGCAAACGGCAUCCUGCUUAAACGUUUCGAGCGCGAAUUGCAAAAUUUGAAACGUAUGGCUGAUUACUCGUCAAAAGAUACCGCCAAGCUGCAUCAAUUUUUGGCAGAGAUCGGCUCCGAAUAUUGUACUUACACUUAUUCAAUGUUAAAUGCGGGUAUAGACAAAACCUCAUUACCCCAUUUGAAUGAGGAUAUGCUUAUAGCUGAGUGCAGUAUAAAAAAUUCAAUACAUAGACUGCGCAUUCUGAAUGCGGUAAAAAGCUUGGAAAAUUCUCUUAUCAGCUCGACAGAUGAUAACGUAAUUAAAACUUUGGACGUUUUCGUAAGCUAUAGGCGUUCGAAUGGCUCCCAAUUGGCCAGCUUAUUGAAGGUACAUCUACAAUUACGUGGCUUCUCCGUAUUCAUUGAUGUUGAACGUUUGGAGGCUGGAAAGUUUGAUAACGGUUUACUGAACAGUAUUCGUCAGGCGAAAAAUUUUGUCUUAGUAUUAACGCCUAAUGCUCUGGAACGUUGUGUUGAUGACAACGACUGCAAAGAUUGGGUGCACAGGGAAAUUGUGGCCGCCUUGAAUUCAAGCUGUAACAUUAUACCGAUAAUUGAUAGUCAGUUUUAUUGGCCGGAACCGGAAAGAUUACCCGAAGAUAUGCGUAGCGUUUGUCAUUUUAAUGGGGUUACUUGGAUUCAUGAUUACCAGGACGCCUGUAUCGACAAACUGGAAAGAUUUAUGCGUGGUGAAAAGAAUAUCGAUCGUAUAACUGCCAUGACACCGGGUACGCCUAGCUCAGCAGUUAGCUACCAGAGAAUGCAUAGCAACGAUUCGGAUUAUAAUGUAGGAGGCAGUAAUGCGGGCACAACUGGCGGAAAUAGUAGCAAUGGCGGAGCAACAAAUGGCGGCGGACAAGCAGCUAAUCACCAGGCAAAUAGAUACCGCACCUCAUCGUCACCGGCACGCCAACGUCUAGGAUCGAAUAGUAGCACAAUGUUUAACAGCACCGGAAAAUUGGGCAGCGCCGGCAGUCAAUUGAGUGUUUUCGGACGUGGAUCCAAGCGUAAUAUGUUACCGCCAUAUAGAACGCAGCAACCGAUAGCGCACAGAACUUUGCCUAUUGGCGGCUCCAUGCAAAAUAUGUCACCUUUAGCCUAUAAACCGCCCAGACGUAGUUCGGAAGUAGCAAUGGCUAGCGAGAAUAGUAAGAAUAAGCCGUCGUCUAACUAUCGCAGCCAUAGUGUGGACGGUCUAUUAGACAAUAAUGAAUCUACAGAGGUAAAAGUAGCCGAAGCAGCAGCCUUAGUUACAGCCGGUAGCAUGGCUCUAACAAAUGCCAGUUCAACCAGUACAUUGCAACCUGCUGAAGAUAGCAAUUGCUCAAUAGAGUCAUUGAACGUUACACGUGAGCAACAGAUGGACACGGUUAAGAAGCGCGAAAAGUCUGCGAAUUUACCGCCCGUCAAUCCACAACACAGAAAAUCACGAAGUCUCGAUCACUUUUUAGAUGAACAAGCGUUAGCAGCAAUUGUUGCGCCUCCUUCACCCACAGAAGAAACGCAAAGCAUGCAAAACCUGGCAACACCCAUGACUCCAGAACCUUCUCGUUCAUUAUCAAAUAAAACGACAAUAAAUGGCUUACCACCACGAGCUUCUUCGGUAAGAGAUUCAAAAUCAUUGACACCGGAACGAGUAGCAACUUUACGUGGAAGCCCAUUAAAUAGGCAAAGUCCAGAAGGUGUUAGUUCGCCGGAAGAUGAACAUGAGGACAAUCAGAGUAUGAAGAGUGUAGCAUCUCAGAAGGGUGACAUUGCAUCCGGUACAGUAAAAAAUCAAACACGAGCUGCAGCCCAUGUGCACCGAGGCAAUUCAAUGGCCAACAGUUGGAAUGGGGGAGGAGGUGGAGAUCAGAGUAGCCAUAGACAAAAAGGCUGUUAUGGCCAUGCAACGAGGACUACCUCCAACAGUUCUUUGACUUCAAAUAAUACGGCCGGGGGAGCGGCUGGCCAAACGAAUCCGAAUAACAAAACAAUAUUUAAUCGUACUAUGAAAAAAGUGCGAUCGCUCAUCAAAAAGUAAGCAUCAAAAGUUAUACACAAAUACAUACAUACAUACAUACAUACAUGCAUACAUAUAUAAAAAAUAUAUGCACAUACACACCAACCAUACGAUGCGAUCUAUCUCGCUCUUUCUCUCUCUCUCUCUCUCUCUCUCUCUCUCUCUCUCU